GCCCCAUUCGCGCAGCUUCACCCAUCCGAACGAUCAUUUUGUCUCCCUCACGCUAUUCAUACGUCUAAGCCGACCGGAUUCUUGACCAACAGACCGCAAACAUGACUACCGAGAAGAAAGACAAGAUGGAGGCCCAAAUCAAGUCCGUUGACAUGACUGAGGACAUGCAGCAAGAGGCCAUUGCUCUCGCGAUCGAGGCUAUGGAGAAGUACCACAUUGAGAAGGAUAUCGCACAGCACAUCAAAAAAGAAUUCGAUUCGCGAAAGGGUGCUACCUGGCAUUGCGUUGUUGGCCGAAACUUUGGAAGCUUUGUCACCCAUGAGACGAAGCACUUCAUUUACUUCUACCUUGGCCAUUGCGCCAUCCUCCUCUUCAAGACCCAAUAGGCGGAUAUUAUGUGCUGGGUAGGUGCAGUCUGGAAUUCCACGGGGGAAAGCGUCGUCAAUUUGCCCUUUCAAAGCGAUCCUUUUUUGUCUUCGUGUCAUGACUUUGAGCUUUUGUGCCGAAGCGCCUUCUUCACGAGCAACGUCGCAUUUUGUACACAAUUUGUCAUUUUACCUACCUACUUAAAUACUGAUGAGAUGAGUCCUUGUGAACAAAAUUCUUUUCAGCAGCG